AUGAGCUCCAAAAAGUACGCCUUUGUGCCCAUGGAGGACGACGAGGUCGGCCCGCAAAAAGUCGUCAGAGAAAAGAAGCAUAGGCACCGCCACGGGGGUCGUGACUGUGACCGUGACCGCGACCGCGACCGUGACCGUGACCGCGACCGCGACCGUGACCGUGACCGCGACCGCGACCGUGACCGUGACCGCGACCGCGACCGUGACCGCGGCAGAGACAGCACGUCCUCUUCAAGGCCUUCCAAAUCACAUCGCGAUCCAAGUCGCUCCAGGUCGCCGCGGACAUCGUCGUCUCAUCACAUCCACCCCAAAACCUAUCGUCGACACGACGCAGAGGCUGACUUUGACCAUCGUUGGGCCGAUGAGGAGCCACCCUCUGACGACAUAUGCUCUCACGACAACCACGAAAACCACGACAACAACGGUAGUCCCGCGCCCGACUUUGAAGAGUCUGCGAGCAAACGCGUCAAGCUCAGCCACGAUGACGCCUCCAAGUACGACGAGGAUCUUUCCGACGGGGCAAAAGAAGAGCUCGCAAGACGUAGAGACAUUGAGGAAAGAGAGGCUUUUGCUAAGCGCUUGAAAGAGAAGGACGAUGGCAGGUCAAAAAAGAACCAACGCGACGGCGACUCAUCAAGGCGGAAACUGGCCGAAGAUGCCGCAGCAAGAGACGCCGCGUUGCCGGACUUGCGGGAGAGGUCGCGUCAGGAGUAUUUGAAGAAACGAGAAACCGAGCGGCUCGUCCUGCUGCGAAAACAGGUUGCGGAAGAGACGGCCGAGCUGAGAAGCGGUGUACGAUUGUCGCACAAGGAAAAGGCCGAGUUUGCCAAGAAUAGGGAAAUCUUGCGCCUCGCCGAGGAAAGGCUCAAGAUCGACGAUCAUCGGGACGGCUACUACAUGCCCGAGGACUACAUCACGGAAAAAGGAAAGCUGGACAGGAAGAAGAAGGAGGAAGCUCUGUACAAACGAUACGUGGAGAGGGAUGAAUAUGGCCAGGAAAAGUUCGUCACGGAACAUGAGGAGUGGGAGCUGGAGCAGGCAGCCAAGGCGAAAGCCCAGAUCCAGCGGGCCGAAAUCGAAAACGAAGACUACGACUAUGUCAUGGACGACGCGCAGUACAUCCAGUGGAGCCUUGAUUCUCGCAUGGCCGGCGAAGGCAAGACGAGGGAGCAGAUGUUUCUCGAUGCGCAAAUCGACGCCGCCGAGAAGAAGGCGCUCUCGAUCCAAGAGACGCGCAAGAGCCUGCCGAUCUACGAAUACCGUGAUCAGUUUCUGGCAGCCCUGGAGGAGUACCAGAUCCUGGUCGUUGUGGGAGAGACGGGCAGCGGCAAGACGACCCAACUGCCCCAGUACCUGCAUGAGGCAGGCUACACCAAGAACGGGAUGAAGGUUGGGUGUACGCAACCUCGGCGAGUUGCGGCUAUGAGCGUCGCGGCCCGUGUGGCAGAGGAGGUGGGUGUCAAGGUUGGAAACGAGGUCGGAUACUCCAUCCGUUUUGAGGAUUGCACGGGCGACAAGACCAUUCUCAAGUACAUGACGGACGGCAUGUUGCUGCGAGAGUUCAUGACGGAGCCAGACCUGGCGGGCUACUCGGCACUCAUGAUUGACGAAGCACACGAGAGAACAGUUCACACAGACAUUCUUCUCGCCCUUAUCAAGGAUCUGGCUCGGGAGCGCAAGGACCUGAAGCUGCUCAUCUCCUCCGCUACCAUGAACGCCACCAAGUUCUCUGAAUACUUUGAUGAUGCGCCCAUCUUUAAUAUUCCCGGUCGACGGUAUCCCGUCGACAUAUACUACACCCCCGCCCCCGAGGCCAACUACUUGGCUGCAGCCAUCACGACCGUCUUUCAGAUCCACACGACGCAACCAAAGGGCGACAUUCUCAUCUUCUUGACCGGCCAAGACGAGAUUGAGGCAGCUGAGCUGGAGAUAACCGAAACGGCGAGAAAGCUCGGCAGCCGGAUCAAGGAACUGGUCAUCUGUCCAAUCUAUGCCAACUUGCCCUCGGAUCUGCAGGCCAAAAUCUUUGAGCCAACACCUGCGGGAGCUCGCAAGGUGGUGUUGGCAACCAACAUUGCAGAGACGAGCCUGACAAUCGAUGGCAUUGUGUACGUCAUCGACCCUGGGUAUGUCAAGGAAAACGUCUACAAUCCCGCCACGGGCAUGUCGAACCUGGUGGUGGUUCCCUGCUCCCGCGCCUCUGCCAACCAGCGCAGCGGCCGCGCCGGACGUGUCGGGCCCGGCAAGUGCUUCCGCCUCUACACCAAGUUUGCCUACAUGAACGAAAUGGACGAGUCGACGACGCCCGAGAUCCAGCGGACCAACCUCAACGGCGUGGUGCUGCAGCUCAAGUCGCUCGGCAUCAACGAGCUGCUGGACUUUGAGUUUAUGGACCCGCCCCCGACGGAAGCCCUGAUCGGCGCCCUCAACCAGCUCUUUGCCCUGCAGGGGCUCAACCACAAGGGCGAGCUGACCAAGCUGGGCCGGCAGAUGGCCGAGUUCCCGACAGACCCCAUGCUGGCCAAGGCGGUGCUGGCCGCCGACAAGGAGGGCUGCGUCGAGGAAGUGCUGUCCAUUGUGUCGAUGCUGGGGGAGGCGUCGGCCCUGUUUUUCCGCCCAAAGGACAAGAAGAUCCACGCGGACAGCGCCAGGAACCGCUUCACCGUCAAGGAUGGCGGCGACCACGCGACGCUGCUCAACGUGUGGAACCAGUGGGUCGACAGCGACUUCUCGCCCGUGUGGGCGCGCGAGAACUUUCUGCAGCAGCGCUCGCUGACCCGCGCGCGGGACGUUCGCGAUCAGCUGUCCAAGCUGUGCGAGCGGGUGGAAGUCACGCCGUCCACCUGCGGGGCGAGCAACCUGGUGCCCAUCAAGCGAGCCAUCACGGCCGGCUUCUUCCCAAACGCGGCUCGGCUGCAGCGGAGCGGCGACAGCUACCGGACCGUCAAGAACAACACGACGGUAUGGGUUCACCCCAGCAGCGUGCUGAUGUCGGUCGACCCCCCGGCCAAGAUGGUGAUUUAUUUCGAGCUGGUGCAGACCACCAAGGAGUACAUGAGAGGGGUGAUUCCUAUCGAGCCCAAGUGGUUGGCGGAGCUGGCGCCGCACUUUCACAAGCAAAAGGACAUUGAAGCGAUGGAGGAGCGGAAGAUGCCCAAGCAGAGGUGA